GUUUCCUGACUUGCCAGGAAUGAAACCGGAAUGAAUCACAAUACAUUGCACACAGAGAAAUCACUUUUCCGUUAUCUUAUCUAGUCUAUUAGGACUAUACCUCAUCGACAUUUUUGUAUUUGUUUACGGUAAAUCACGGGCUCCUUUUAAACCAGCACUAGCUGGUUGACACGCUUUAUAGCUAUGAGGAUAAAUGAAAACACUUUGCUGGAGGGAAAGAACAUUGUUCUGGUACCUUACAACUCAGACCACGUACCUAGGUACCACGAAUGGAUGAGCUCGGAGGAGCUGCAGAAGUUGACCGCGUCGGAGCCGCUGUCGCUGGAACAGGAGUUUGAGAUGCAGUGCAGCUGGAGAGAGGACGAUGACAAAUGCACCUUCAUCAUACUGGAUAAGCAGAAGUGGGCAGAGCCCUCCGUCCCAGAGGAGCAGUGCAUGGUGGGAGACGUCAACAUUUUCCUGACGGACCCUGAUGACCACUCACUGGCAGAGGUGGAGGUCAUGAUUGCGGAGCCCGGCUACAGAGGAAGAGGACUUGGAAAGGAAGUGACGCAGAUGAUGUUGUGCUACGCGGUCAACAGACUGGGCGUCAGGAAGUUUGAGGCCAAAAUUGCCUUGAAUAACACAGUGAGCAUCGCCUUGUUCAAAAAGCUGGGCUUUGGAGAGCUCUCGGUCAGUGAAGUGUUCGGUGAGAUGACCCUGGGCAUGAAUGUUGAUGAAGCGGCACACUCACUGUUGCUAUGCAACUCGGACUUCAUGCAGGAGCAUGACUACAGGAAGGCUCGGGAGAGCCGGCACUGAGCCACGCCCCUAGCCAGGACUCACAUGUUCAGGGAUUGACCAAUCAUCAUCUUCAUAGAGGUCACAUGAUCUGGUGUGACCAAUCAUCUCUCCAGGGGGCUUGUUCAAUUAUUCUUGAUUUGGAGCAUCCUGUGCAAAGCCAUCUGGUGCCCACACAUGGCACACUGCAGGCUAUCGGAUUGGUGGACAGGAUCUGUGUCCUUUUCUGACCAGGAAGGAAUUUGACUGGAACUGAAGCAAAGGGUGCGUUUGUCUUAAGGUAACCGCUUACAGCUCUGGCUUAAAGCAAUGCAUGCUGGACUUCAUACAAUAUAUUAAGACGAACGCACCCAAUGGCUGAGAUUGCUAUAUGGAUCCCCUAUAAAAUUAUGUCUCUGUGGCAUUUCAUAAACUGUUGCUGUGUAUUAUUAAUUCUGGGGUCAGUGAUGUUCGUACCUGUUCUGUAAGCCACAGAAUCCAUUUGGAAUACAAAUGUAACAAAUAUUACAUUUAAAAUGUACUUUUAUGGCACCUUCAAUAAAAAGGGUUCCCACACCUUUAAACAUUCA